AUGGAAGAAGCGUCUGGCUUGCAGUCGCUCAACGAUGACUGCAUCACCAUCAUCAUCGAAAAACUCGCCGGAGUAACACAUACAGAGUGGUCAUAUGGAGACAAAGCAUGCAAUAGCAAAGACCCAUUGCGGGAAUUCUCAAUGACGGAUUCACACAUUCGCCAAUUGUGUAUCCCGAAGCUCUUCGAUUUGGGCGACAUGAUCGUCAGACUAUAUCGGAGACAGGCGGGCCUGGUGAGCGGGCUGGAGUGUUUCUCGGCGUCCUCCUUCAUUGCAGACUCCAUCAGAAGCCUCAAGGUUUGCAGAGAUAUUUUCCUGCCCGACGAUGCGACCUACGAGUGGUUCGCAAACCCGAAGAAGGAGGAAAACAACAUCGACAUAUUCGCAAAGCUCAUACCACUUCUGGAAAAGUCCCCCAACCUGGCCCAUCUCCGCCUAUCUCACCUCAAGUGCAUGUCUGUCGAUAGUAGGACUGCACUUCAAGCAAGUCAAUUUACCAGUAUCAGAGCGUUGCACUUCGUGGACGUUCCGGAAGCUGCACGAUUGAUUGGAGCUUGCCCGAAUCUGCAAUUGUUCUGCACGUCCUACCCCUGCCCGAAACCGAAGAUUACUCUCAAAGCCGUUGCGAAGCAUACCGGGAUCAAGUACGUGGAGCUCGACUGCAAUUUGUGGAGUCCAAAGCAUCUGUCCGACGUGUGCGCAUUCCUGAAGAACGUGGAGAUCCUAUACCUAUCCGGGGAGAUCAAAGCUAAGAUUACGGGAAUGGUUGACGAGAUCAAGAUCGCCUCCAGUGUCCAAACUCUCUACAUCACGACUGACGUGUGGAUCGAUACCUCAUACUUGAACAAGAUCUACUUCGAUCAAUCCUCUAGCGGAUACAUGGAUGCGGUAGACGACAUGAAGGAAGAGUCGAGGCUGCACGAGAAGCCUGAUGCUGUCGCUACUGCAUUGUUCCAAGCAUGCAUCGCUCUGACCAAGGUCGGAUUGAUUCCCCGCUUUGAUUCGGCAAGGACAUACACGGCAGAACGAGAUGAUAACGGUGCUCUACUGAAGAUGUCAGAAGCUGAAAUUGCGCCGCGUGGUGAGACGUACUGCAUCUAUUCGCCUUUAGAACGGCAGCUCGAGUGGUGGGACCGACGCUGGGGCCGCUGGUAUCGCAACGAGUAG